GGGCAUCAGUCUCUUCCUGUGUCGACGAAAACAAACUUUGACAGAUUGACCAUGAAAUUCAUAAGAUCUGUGGCUUUACUCGUGGAUGUUGAUGGAGCCUUAUGACCUCACUGUGCACCAGCUCACCUUUAAUGAGGACCAGAUUAAGGAAGGAAGCUUGGACUCAUUCAGCAAUGUCGUCCACUAUGACUCGGCUCUUCUAGACCAGACGACGGGCAGAAAACCUGGUACCCACCACAUCUCCAGUUCGGCACAGUUUGCAUGGUCAGGGUCAAAAAGUGAGAGCAAAGUUGUGUCAUUGCUAGAGCAGCCUUCUCCAACGUCAUCACCAUCAUCAGGGAAAUUGACCAGUCACCUUCAACCCUCCAUUCCUGGGAAUUCAGCCAAUCAAAAACCUCUUAGCAAACCCAGGGGCUUCCUCCCCUCUCCUUUCCAAGUGAACGUUAGCCAAGCACAGUGUACACUUACAGACACUAGCUGUAGGCAGACUGACUCAUAUGCCUCAGAGUUAAACCAGCUCAUAAAGGAUGUGUACUCAGAAGUUGCAGUGACUUUUCACCCGCUGGUGGAGCGGACUACAAUUCCUGACUGGAUCUUGCUUCAGGGUUCACGAGACGGACAGAUAUUGGGUCGGCACCCAGCUCCCUUCCUAGCCCAGCCCAGCAGGGUAAAGGUCACCCACGUGUACAGCCAGUCUCUCUGGUCGCCGGGUGCAGUCACUCCAGGUUCAGAGCCACCUAGUCCCCAGGAAAAACACCAACAGGACAAACCUUCAUCUCCUGCCAGUAGACAAACAGCUGCAGAAAUACAAGUCUUAAAGCAGGUUGUCACAAACACAACUGCUUCAAGCGGGGCACCAAUUCAGGUGUACAGGAUGGCGUCUGGGGAUGACAGACCUCUGGCCGGGAGGGCAGGAGGCCCUGGACACAAGACAGGGAGACCCGGGGAGCCUUUUGAGUCAGUGGCUGAGGCCCUACAUCUACAACAGUCUGUCAUAGGUGGGAGAAGGGAUAUAACUCCGGUGUCGGCAGACGUGGUAGCCCAGGUUGUGGCAGCGGCAGGGAGAAAGCUGGGGCUCAGUGCACCGGUAGAACACACUGAUGGCUCCAAAAUAGGAGGAGAGAACGUUAUAACCCCCACCCCAGAUUGUCAAAUUUCACUCCCUGCCACCCUAGAUACCGCAGCCUUCAGCCUGCCCCCGCCCCCAACCCUGCCAGACAUCUCAACCUCCCGGGAGCUCAUCCGUAUACAUGGGAUGUAUGUUCACCCUGAAACACACCAGCCAGUGCAUGGAAGGCAGCCUGGUUCUGUACAGUCUUCAGGCCAAUCUUACCAACCAUUGCCUCUACAUUCUCUGAACUCCAUGUCUGAUCUUUUACCAGAUGACAAUCAGAGUGUUGCCAGCUCCAACAGUGAGCUUGAGACGUUAAAUGACAAUGCCACAGAGAGCUUCCUUCAGUCUUUACCCCCAUUCAAGCAUGUUAACCUCUUAGACAUUAUGCCAGAACCUGCACAUAGGCCUGAUGUGAGGUACUCCCCACCAGUUAAAGAGACCUCAUUUAGACCAGUAAAUUUUAAACCUAGUGCUUCACCAAAGAAUGUAGAAAAUCCAGCCCAGGGGUACACAUUUGUUACUGAUAGUGGUGUUUUUUCACCAGAUAUGCAGAAUAUCACUGCUAUUAGUGGUACUAGUUUAGAUAAAAAGAAAAGCUUUGUAAUUCCAAAACCUGGUCCACUGUUCCAUAGCACACCAAAAAAAGGGUUAGAAAAUAAUGAAAAACGAACAUAUUCACAAGUACAUAUAUCAACAGGGACAGGUGGUGACCAAACUACCCAGCUAGAUGAAGUCAGAAGAGAGAAAGCAAAACUUGAAGGUCAGCUUGAAAUGUUGAACAUUGAAGCACAGGCAACAUUGCAAGAAAGGGCAGAGCUGCAGGCUCAAGUGGCAUCUCUCAAGCUGAAACUCAUGAGUCAAAAAUCUCAAAAGAAUGAUGCAGAGAAAGACAUGUUGAAAGUUGAUGUGGAAGGAUUGAAACAGCUGAGAAUAAUGUUAGAAGGUUCUUUGUCCGAUCUGCAGAGACAGUUGGAGGAGAAGAGUGAAGAAGGUCGGAGCCUGCAAGAGGAGCUGAACCAGUCCCAGGACACGUGUGACCGCCUCAACCUGCGAAUGAGCGAGGUGAGGGAUGAGAUGAGAGCCAAGGACAUGACAGUCCAGGCACUAAAGAGCAAGGUGGCAGAGCUGUAUGUGGAGGUUCAGUCCUCCAUCCACGUGAAGAUGGAGGCCGACAACGAGACAAGAGUGGCUAAGAGUGAGCUGCUCUCCCUGCAGGGAACCAAGGACUGGUACCAACAGCAGCUGGAGCUCGCAACUUGUGCACGUUCAGAGCUCCAGAAGGAUCUCACCUUGCUGCAAGCCCAGGCGUCAUCACAGUCAAGUAUUAUUGAGAGAUUGAAGAUGGAAAAUGCAAAGUUGAGGCAACAGUUUACUGAUAUUCAGAAUAAAGCAUUAAAGGAAAAGGAGAUUUUAGCAAAGCAUUUGGAAGCCAUUGAAAGUGAUAUGAUGGACAGGGAGGCAGCUUUUCAGGAAAUCCAGAGGGAAAGGUCAUUUCUUGAAGAUGCAUUCAGCAGUAAAAUACAGACAGCCGAAGAUGAGAAAAACAGGAUCAGUUUGCUAAUGCAAAUGAUUAAUGACCUGGAAAAUCAGCUUGACAAGGCCCAUGGUGAUCUAAAGAAGAAACAGAAUCAAAUAGUGCAAUUGGAAAAUGAAAAUAUUGAGAUCUUGAAAAAGUUAAGUCUCUCACAGGAAGUUGUUGUUGAAAAAGAAACAAUAGUUGAAGAGCUGAAGCAGAAAUUGAUUGAGGUAGAAGCAAGACUGAAGGCGUUUCAAAAUAGUAUUGUUGAUAAAGAUUCUGAGUUAAUGAAACUGAGAGAAGAGAAAGCAAAGACGGAAAUUGCCCUAAAGGCCGCACUCGAGGAGAAAACUUCAGUAGACAAAGUACUUGAUAGUUUAAAGCUAGACAUGGGCAAGGUGGAGUCCAGUUUUAAGCAAAUGAGACAUGAACUAAAUACAAAGUCAGCUGAGGUCCACCAUGCUAAAUCAACCAGUAAAAUGUCAGAGGAGCAGAUAGAGGCCUUAAGAACAGACCUGGAGAAAGAAAGAAGAAUGUAUGAAGUUGCUAAGGUAGAGUUUGAAAAUAAAACUGAUAUGAUUAAUCAGUUGAAAACACAGAAAAUCAAUUCUGAAAGUGAAAUAACAGUCUUAAGGGAGAAGUUGUCAGCAAUGGAAUUAACCCAUGGAGAAGCUAUGAAAGAAAAGCAAUUUCUUGACUCAGAACUGAGUGCAACAAGAGAAAAACUUGAGGAAAUAAGAGCAAAAAUGGAGGGUGAAAAAGAAAUGAAAAAUGCUGGGGUAGAUAAUGCAGAGUAUAAAAAAGUUCAGGAUGAGUGCAUACAGCUGAAAGAAAAGCUUGAGACUAUUGGAAAAGACUCGAAGAAAGAUGUUCUGAAACAGAAGGCGCGGGUUGCUAAGCUUAGCCAGGACCUGAAUGCUGUGAAGGGAGAGUUGGUGGAGAGACAGAAGGUGUUUGAUGAGAACAUGGAGGUGCUUGGCGGGAAACUGCGUGAGGUGGCUGCUGAGAGGGAGAGGCUGGACACAGAGUUAACCAUGACUCACAGGAAAUACGAGUUCUCUAUGAUCGAACAGAAGGACCAUAUAGAUGCAGAAUUACAGAAGGUAGCUGGUGAGUUGCAGCAGGCUCAUCUGGAGAAGCAGAGUAUGGAGGCAGAAUUCAGUGAGGCUGGUCGGGCAUGGGAGGCAGAGCUAGCUAGGUACCAGGAGAGGCUUGGCCAGCUUGAGCAUGAGCUAGGUACCACUCGGGAGGAGUUGCAGGAGGCACAGACACAUGCCACACAGGACCUCCAGCUACAAUUGGAAAAGGAGAAGGGAAGACUUGCAGGUUUGAUGCAGAGCAAUGCUACCCUAAAGCAGCAUGUAUCACAGCUGGAGUCUGCCCUGGCUGGGAGAGAGAGCGUGCUGCAAGAGAUGCAGACUGCCCUUCACGAGGCGGCACGGGAAAACGAACACUCUUUGCAUGAGAAUUUGAGGCGUGUGACGGAGCUGGAGGGCAGUCUGCAGCGGGAGAGGGACAGUCAUAGAGAUGUCAGAAAACAGAGUGGUCAGAAGAUAACAGAAAACAAAAAGCUAAGGCGCCAGAAUGAGAGCCUGAAAGGAGAUGUUGAGACGCUGCAGGGAGACAUGGUUCAACGCCAGCAAGAGGUUGGGCUGCUACAGGCACAGCUGGAGUCUAGCAGACAGGAAGUGCAGAGUCAGAGGGCCGAGAUGUCGGCAAUGGAGGGUGAGAGCCGGGCUGUGCAGCGGGAAUUGGAGCGUUUACAGCAGCUUCUUCGGGACAACCUGGCCAGAGAACCUGUUGUACAAGAACAGAUCAAGAGCCUGCAGUGGCAAUUAGAGGCGAGGAAUCGGGAGUUAACAGCAGCCCAUGAGCAGCUCAGCCUUUCUGAGGAACGCCAGGUCGCCGAGAUCAACAAUGUCAGGCAGCUUCUCCAGGAGAAGAGUGGUGAGGUGGAUAGUCUUAAGACAGACAUCGCUGUGCUGAGACAGGAGAAACACAGCCAGCAGGUGAAACUGGCCGAGCUCCGCAGUGCACUCAAGUCCUCCAUACAUCACCACAAGUUGACAGAGAAGCUGUGUGGGUUGAAUACAGGGGCUGGGGACGCAGCCAGACUGGAGCUACCUCCCCUGCCCUUUGACAUGGGUGAUAUGGACCGACUCCUGCAGGAAACCACCGUCAGGGCCCUCGACAGCAAGCCGCUGGAUAACCUACAGAACUGCCUGUUGAACCUGCGUGCAGAGAUCUCUGGGCUGCAGUCCCAGAUGGAUGUCCACACCUCCACCGUGCAGUCCGCAAACAACUCCUGGAGCUCUAUAGAGCAGCAGGUGAGUGAAUUGUGUACUGUGGUACAGACCAUCACCAACACCACCGCCCACACUGGCACUACCUACUCCCUAGCUGCUGCCGCUGUCCAGAUGGCUGAUGAUGUCAUCAACAUUUAGACCAUCACCGACAACAAAACCAACACAACCGCCCACACCAACAUCACCAACACAACCGCCCACACCAGCAUCACCAACUCCCUGGCUGAUGAUGCGGCAGACAACAUCAAGAUUUAGAUCAUCAUAAUAACCACAGUCUACACCAGCAUCACCAACUCCCUGGCUGAUGUCAUAAACUUUUAGAUCAUCACUAACACCACCAACAUUCAAGCUGCUGUGAUGAUGACUUCAUCAUCAUUUUUAUCAUCACCAACAACAAAUCUAUAGCUGCUGCCGCUGUGCAAUGUCAGAAACAUUUAGACCAGCAACACAAAUCCUUUGUAUUUAUAUAUAUGAUUUCACAUAUGGGUAGUUUUUUUCCUUAAAGGACAUUUUUUAUCUAGCAUAUGUAUGGUGGGAAAAUCCCAUAAUCCCGUAAGCGCAAUAUUUGCAAAUGUGCAAUUUUUAAAUUUUAGAUUUCAUUUAAAUCAUUCCAGUGAAAAGAUGAUUCUAUUUUACUUUCUCUUGUUUCUUUAUCAUCAUGUGCAUCUCAUGUAAAAGUAAUCUCUCUGUCUUCUAUCAUGCUUUAGUUUUACUCAAAUGGUUCCUGUUGUUACUCAGCUUUAGGAUUCCUGUUGAUUUCUAACUUCACUUGUGGUCCAAAAUGAAUUUAAUUUUAGUGAUAUCUGCUGUUGUUUUUUUAUAGUUGUUCAAAUUUAACAACAUUUGUAUUAUAUGAAUGUGCUAUUUUCUUUAGCAUUAUUUUUUUCUUAUAUGAAUCCUCCAUCCUCCAAUAUUAUAAAAUGAUUAUGUGUAAGUUGUUAUGACAAUAAUGGGUUACAUACAGCUUGCAGUAAGGAAAAUUGACCCCAAAACAUGACAUGUACAUGUAAUAUGUUUAUUUAUUUAUUUAUUUUGUCUCAUUUACAUAGUGUUCAAAGAAUGUAAGACAUUGUUCUGUGUUAACUAAAGGAAAUCCAUGGUCUCACACAUCUGAUCGAGUCAUACACAAUCUCUAGUCCCUAUAUGUUGCCGCCUGCUACUCAUGUAUACAGGGAAGUGCCACAGUUUUUGUGGAAGUCUAUUUCUUGUACAUAAAAGUCAAUGUACAUUCAGCUGCAGUAAUGUGACAUAGAAACAAUGUAAUAGUCUGCAUAAAUUAAAUGCACUCAAAUGUGUUAACUUAUGGAAGGUUGUAUGAGAUAUACACAUGAAGUAAAUUUGAAUUCAUUGGAUGUGAGAUCUGAAUAUGCUAGAUCUGGAGUAUUCUGGGUCAGUAUCAAACUUUCUUGAACUCUUUUAUCAUGAAAAUCUCUGACAUGAUGCAGAAUCAUUUAAACAGGAAAUGAUUUUAACUCUUUAUGUACUUGCUAAAUUAUUAACAUUAAAGACAAUGUAUGUAAACGGUCGGGAAAAUGUCUUGGGUUCAAUAUGCUGUUGGGAUAAUGUAUUUAAUUUUAUGCUUUUUGUGGAAUAUCAUGUUAUUAAACUGCAGUGAAAGUUUAUACUAGGUUUUUACUAUGCUAGGUUGAAUAAAAUCUGAAAUUUUGUUACCAAAAUGACAUUACAAUGUUAUGUUAAAUUGACAUUUACCUUGUUAUAUUAUAGCAUACAAGAAUUGGAAAGCAUGUUGAACCUUGGUCAAUAAUGAUUUCACUCAUGAUUGCAGAAAAUAACUUUGUCAUUAUAUAGCUUUCUGUGAUCACUAGGUGAAAUAGAGGAUAGUCUGUUUCAGUGUAAGAUCAUCAUAUAUUUCACCAAGUGAGCACCAAAAGAUAUAUUUAAAAACAACAACAACAUUUUUUUCAUUACCUAUAUAUAAAAUGACAGUGGUAGUUUUUCACAAAAGCGCGCCAACAUUUAUAUCACUGAUAAAUCUCUAAAAACUAUUGAAAAGCAUAUAAUAAAUGUAGGUCUAGCACUGAGUUUCAACAAAUAUCCUCCAUAUUUCCUUUUUGUAUGUUUGGUGUGCACUUUUUUCUGAAUAGUGGGAUAAUGCACAACUUGUAUAUUGUGUUAACUGAACAUGUAAUUAGAUAGAAGCGUUUCACUGCAUCAUAUACUUUGUUCAUGAAAUACAUGUGUUAUAGGUACACAUAGUGCAUACAUGGGUAAUUUGCAAUAUAAACAUUUAUUUCACAUGUUACUUUCUGAAGCACACACUACUGUGUAGUAUUGAGCAUAUCUAACACAGGCUAUUCAUUCAUUUCUAGGUUGCUUCUAUCAGUGUAUAUUUCUGGCACAUGAUCUGUUU